GCUGCUUAACGCUUCCUCAUUGACAUCGCCUACAGGACGAAACCAACGAACUCGCACUUUUAUUUGCACCCAAUCAGUAUUUAUACCGCUUUCACGCACAAUUAACAUCCCCAAAACUCGGAAGGUUCGUUUAAAAGUUCCGAAAUGUCAAAGCCUCCUCCCAAACCAGCAAAACCAGGUCAGGUCAAGGUGUUCAGGGCAUUAUUCACCUUCGACCCAAGGACGCCAGAUGAACUGUAUUUUGAGGAAGGAGACAUUCUAUACAUCUCAGAUACAAGUGACAGUAACUGGUGGAAGGGGACAUGCCGGGGAAGGACUGGUCUUAUUCCCAGUAAUUACGUGGCUGAACAGGCAGAAUCCAUAGACAACCCCAUGCAUGAGGCAGCCAAGCGAGGUAAUCUGAGCUGGCUCCGAGAGUGUUUGGAUAACAAGGUGGGCAUUAAUGGACUGGACAAAGCAGGGAACACUGCUCUCUACUGGGCGUGCCACGGAGGGCACAAAGAUGUGGUUGAGAUUUUGCUGAGUCAGCCAAAUUGUGAGCUUAAUCAACAGAAUAAAUUGGGAGACACGGCUCUACAUGCAGCUGCCUGGAAGGGUUAUUCAGAUAUAGUUGAGAUGUUGCUCAAUAAAAACGCCAGAAUUGACAUUGUAAAUAACGAAAAGAAGACCGCUCUGGCUAUGGCCACCAAUGCUCAGAGCGCCUCACUGCUGAAGAGAAAAGUAGGAGGAGUCAUUCUGCGCACCCACAGUAACGCUGAGGAGUAUCUGGAUGAUGAAGACUCCGACUGAAAGAAGAGCAGCACUAAUGAAGUCAUCAAUUCCUACAUUCAACACAAACCAUCACAACUUGUAUAUAGAUCUGAUAUACUGUAUGUGCGUGACACAUUGCUUACGUGGGGCGGGGAGGGGGGAGGAUAUAAGCUGAAUGCUGUUGUCCGAUUGUCUAAAGCCUUAAACAUUCUUCUUCAUUCCAGUUCAUUGCAAAUGUAGUGCAGACCAUCUGAUCUUUAAGGAUGAACACAGGGAAUGAAUGUUCUUCUAUUUGCUGCUCCUGUCUGAACUGUAUUUAUUCUGUAUAACUGUCUUUUUGAUUUAAAGUGCCUUUAACAGGGAGAAUGUCCAGAACCAUGGGACAACACUGGGCUUUUUAAUUACAAGAGUUUUUAUAAGUUUGUGUGUGGGUAAGUGUGAAUGUGCACCUGUGCAUUUUGAUUGAAACCUUUUUGAUUGUGUUUGUGUGCUUGGCAUGGUUGAUAAACCUUUUGCUUGAUAGCUUCUAAGUUGCAUGUAAAUCUAACAUGUUAAAAACUUUUAAAUUAUGCAAAUAAACCAGUGGCCUUUCGUCAAAUCUAAGAUUGAUUUGCAGUGCUCAGGCUCUGAGAUUUCUUAUUUGAAA